UUAGAUUUGGAAGAAGAAGCUUUUUAUAUUUCAAAAAUCUUGGCAUUCCUGGACCUGAACCUAAUUCUCAUUGGGGAAACUUGAUGGAAUUAAAGAAAAAGGGAUAUAAUUCCGUGUUCAAAUACUGGAGAGAAGUUUAUGGCGAUGUAUAUGGUAUAUUCUUCGGAGUGAAACCUAUUCUCGUAAUAUCCGAUCCAGAAUUGAUCCAAGAAGUUUUUGUCAAAAAAUUUCAAAAUUUUAUCAACCGAACUACAUAUGCAAGAGAUGAAAUCAGUAAACUUGAACUUGCAUCAGCCAAAGAUGACCACUGGAAAUAUCUGCGGAACGUGAUGGCUCCUUCUUAUAGCUGCCGUCAACUAAAGGAGAUGAUCCCAAUGAUUCACACAUGUGCUAAUACACUGGUGGAAAACACAGGAAAGUUGGCUGAUAGUGAAAAAGCUGUAAGCGUUAACGGCUUGUUCUCAGCCUACACAAUGGAUGUCAUGGCAGCCACUGGAUUUGGAUCAAAAGUGGACUCACUGAAAAACCCAAAUGAUCCACUGGUUAAAAGGGCCAAAGACAUAUUCAAAACAAGUAUCUUCAACCCAUCUGUCAUUCUAACAUUGCUUUUACCAUCUACAGCAACACUCAUAGAAAAGUCUGGAUUAUCAACAUUUAUUCUUGGAAACCAAAUAUAUUUCAGACAGUUUUGCAAGAAACUGAUUGAAGAACGAAAGGAAAGUGGAAUAAAGGAUGAUAUGCCAAAAAACGUUUUAAAUCUUAUGAUAAAGGCUCAGUUGAAAGCGCAGGAGAACAGGUGCCCAGAAGAAGAGAAGGAACAUCAUCUGGAAAAUGUAACUAACAGCAGGACUGGCAGGGGAAUUACUGACGACGAAAUCUUGGCCCAGUGUGUGAUAUUUUUCUUGGCUGGUUAUGAAACCACUACUUCUAGUCUCACUUUCUUCACACAUUUAAUGGCAAUCAACCCUGAACCACAGCAAAAAAUAUAUGAAGAGAUUAUGGAUGUUCUGGGAGAGGAUCUUCCUGAUUAUGACAAUGUUACAAAAUUAACUUACCUUGACAUGUGCUUGGAUGAGUCAUUAAGGAUGUACCCACUUGGAACUGGGUUGGAUCGUCAGUGCAAUAAAGCAUGCACAAUAAAAGGUGUAGGAAUUCCCGAAAAUUUGACUGUCAGAAUAGCUGUGGAUGCUCUACAUUACAAUCCGAAAUACUGGCCAGAACCGGAGAAAUUCAUUCCAGAAAGGUUUAGCAAAGAAUCAAAACUUAAGCAAGUACCAUUUACUUACUUACCAUUUGGUGGAGGACCAAGGAUGUGUCUUGGAAUUAGAUUGGCCAAGCUGGUGCUCAAGAUAGCUGCUGUGCAAAUGAUUCGGAAUUUCAAAAUUCUUGCUACAGAGAAAACAGAAAACCCUCUUGUACUGGAUGACACCUUCAAAUUGACGGCUAAAAACGGGGUUUGGGUGAAAUUUCAACGAAGAUGAAUUGUUCGAAGCACAUCAAAAUCAAAUCAUACCUGUAAAGUUAUCUCUGAAUUCGUGAAUAAAUUCAGAAAUAUUAAAUGUAACAUAUGUAAUAUACAAAGCAUUUUUCGAUUAUUGUGUCAAUAUAAUAUGUAUAUACAG